AUGACCAAAGCAGGGGCAAGAGAGAUGGGCCGCGAACCUACGUCUGAGGAGCAGGAAAUUCCGGUCUACGAGACUGGUGUCAACGCACCCUCACGCCCCGGUGUCGCCGAGAUCGCCGAAGCACUCGAGGUAGAAGAAAUCGAUGCCGACCUCUACAAGUCUCUCACUCUCUGGAAGCCCGCAAGAGCACGAGGCGUCUUUGGCGGUCAAGUAAUCGCUCAAGCCGUAGCAGCAGCCAACAAGACUGUCCGCCAAGGUCUGCUUCUCCACUCUCUGCACAGCUACUUUUUGCUCGCUGGUGACGAGACGAGACCGAUCAUCUACCAGGUCAAUCGGGUACGCGAUGGCGGAUCGUAUGUCACACGCUCAGUCAAUGCAAUGCAGAAAGGUAGAAGCAUCUUUACCAUCAUCUUGAGCUACCAAAAGCCGGAACCAAACGAACCUACGUUUGCCAUUCCACUCCCAUCGCUCGAUUCCGAGGGCAGGUUCUUGCUCGAAUCAAUCACAGGAUCGCAUGCGACCGGAAACCAUUCUGCCAAGUCGAUCAACUUUCGCGCUCUCCCCGGUCCUCAAGAUUGCCCGUUGAACGAGCAAAGGUACCAAAAGGUGCUCGAACGCGGUAAUGCAGAUGCUCGUGUGCGCAAGGUGCUCGAAGGAUGGAUCAGCGACCGCCAAGCCUCGCCCGUCGAGAUCCGCGACGCUCUUCCAGGCAUGUACGACAGCAAUGGCUUCCCCACACCGGGCAACCAGCAGGCAUUCUGGAUGCGCACACGUCGUCCUAUGAAUGGAGGCCUGGAGGCACAAAAGGUAGCUCUGGCGUAUGCUUCCGACUUCUACCUCCUGAGCACCGUGCCCAAAGCAUUGAACAACAGCAGGAGGAUCAGGAUGAUGGCCAGUCUCGAUCAUAGUAUGUGGUUCUACCAACCGUUUCAAGUUCACGAGUGGUUGUUGUUCGUGAUGCAAACGCAAGCCGCAUCCAAUGGCCGCGGUGUUGUCGUCGGUCGAAUUUACAGAGAAGACGGAACCCUGGUUGCUGUUGUUUCUCAAGAGGGCCUGAUUCGGGGCCAACCUCCAAAACCCUCUGCAGAUGCCAACUCAUCGUCGCCAAAGCCAAAGCUGUGA